GACCUCUCCCCACAAUAUCGUUAUAUCUUAUUGAACCUCUCGGUACUGCGUGAGGCGUUAUUGUAUCGAUCUAGGACUUCUGGCAUCGCGUCCAUCUAUGGUGACGGAGAUGUGAUCAGCCUCGAGCUGAGUAUAGGCUGCCAAUUCAUAGGCGUCAUUCUUAUGCUCGUGUUGUAUGGCCUUGCAUGCGCGCAAGUGAUGUACUACUAUUACCACUACCGCACGACAAGCUGUAUCUCCGAUGUCUGGUAUGAUAGAGUCGCUGUUCUCUGGGUCAUUGAGACGGCAACGGUGGUCCUCGACUCACAGGUUGCACAUACAGUGGUCAUCUCCAAACAUGCUACUCGGUCCUUGCUGUCCUCGCCGAUACCGGAACUGUCGUUUAUUGAGUUUGUUCUCGGGGCUACAGCUGUCCUCGUUGUGCAGUUUUUUUACCUGCAUGGUACAUGGACACUAAGCAACAAGCGCUGGUAUACUAAGAUGACGAUCGCUUUCAUGGUCCUCAUAGCACUUCUAUCACUAGGUAUGCCGUCUCUUUCCGUCAAGGACUUGGAAUCCCUCUCAUGACUUGGGCGUUGCGCUCGAAGCCGCCACUAUCGGUACGUCUUGAUCAAUCAUGACAGUCAUGCUGAAAUUACAUGAGAAUUUAAUCAUCCUGUUGCACAUCAGCAUUCUUC